UUUGGGUGACUUGCGCAUAUAUUAGAAGGAGCUUUUGCAAGACUCUGCCUGUUCACUCAGAUAUCCAACAAAUAUUCCGGACCAUUUCCACCCAAAACCAAUCAUCUCGUCUCUGAGUUUUGUGGGGAAGAUGAGGUUUCCCAUGGUGGAGACUGCGAUGGGCCUUGUGGCUCUUAUUGUUUUUGCAAGUUUCUAUUGGAAGUACAAAUGGAGAGACAGCUCUAACUUUGGGAAGCUCCCUCCAGGAUCCAUGGGAUUGCCCUUCCUAGGAGAGACCAUUCAGUUCUUCAUCCCCAGCAAAUCCAUAGACCUCCCUCCGUUCCUCAAGAAAAGGAUUAAAAGGUACGGGACGUUGUUCAAAACAAGCUUGGCUGGGCGUCCCGUGGUGAUAUCCACAGAUCCAGAGUUCAAUAAAUAUGUUCUUCUCCAGGAAGGAAAAUUGGUGGAAUUGUGGUACUUGGACUCGCUUUCGAAGCUCGUGGGUCACGACUCACCGGACUUGGAAGUUAAGACUAAUGCAACAGGGUAUGUCCACAAACACCUCAGAUAUUUGAUCCUAAAUCACAUGGGUCCGGAGAGCCUCAAAGGGAAGCUUCUUCGUCAGCUGGAAGCCACGGCUGAGAGAACCCUUGAUGCUUGGUCAACUCAACAAUCUGUAGAAGCCAAACAUGGUUGUUCCAAGAUGAUAUUUGAGUUCACCUCAAAGCUUCUCCUAGGUUAUGAUGCCGAAAAAUCAGGGGAAAACCUCACGGAGGAUUUGCGUACUCUCAUGAACGGUCUCAUGUCCCUUCCGAUAAACAUUCCGGGCACUACUUUUCAUAAGAGCUUAAAGAGCCAAAAGAAGCUACUGAAUAUGAUUCAAGGGAAGAUCGCCGAAAGAAUGGCCUCACCAGCAGAAACGAGGGAGGCGGACGUCCUCGACCAUGUCCUUGAGGAUAUGAAAACGAAGAGCUUUCUCUCAGAGAAAUUCGUCACCUACAUAUUCAUGGGGCUCCUAAUUGCCAGCUUUGAAUCAAUAACUUCCGCUUUAGUCAUGGCCCUUAUCCUCUUAACAGAUAGCCCUCAAGUGGUCGACGAACUUGUCAAGGAACAACAGGACGCCCUUCACAAGAGGAGUUCGGGUGCAAUAGGAAUGACGUGGGAGGAAUACAAAUCCAUGCCUUACACCAUGCAAGUCGUCAAUGAAUCACUCAGAUUGACCAGCAGUGGACCAGGCAUCAUGAGAAGAGCAAUCAAAGACAUUGAAUGGAAUGGAUAUGUAAUUCCGAAAGGUUGGACAAUUUUCAUUAGUCAAUCUGGGGUACAUCUAAACCCACAAGUAUUCGAGAAUCCCCAUGUCUUUGAUCCCUCGAGAUGGAAGCAAUUGGACGGAGGAAACGUCACAGGAAGAUAUUAUAUACCGUUUGGAGGGGGCGGCAGGCAAUGUGCUGGAGCAGAAUUUUCCAAAGCUCUCUGUGCUGUAUUUCUCCAAGUUUUGGUGACCAAAUAUAGAUGGACAAAGGUGAAGGGAGGAGAAAUUAUUCGCACUCCAAUGUUAAAGAUUGGAGGAGGUUUUCAUAUCAAGGUCUCCAAGAUUCAAGAAUAAGCACUCAUGCCGGAGCCCAUACAUAUGCGUGUUCUUUAAGUGUGGUCUGAUGUUGAAAUAAACAUAGUUUGGAAAUUGGUCAGGGAUUACGUUUCGCCAUGUUGCCCGUGGUUUUAUGAGCACGUUUAUCUGCUGUGGACAAAUUUCGAGCUUGAUAUACCUUAUUCUGGGAUGAAUGGUAAAUCUCUCCCCAGCCACCCGAAUCGAGCCGUUUGGAUAGUUAGAAAUUUACAUGCCCUUAUGAUUUGCUACUUUGGUAUGCUUUACCUCCAGCGAGGCAACCACUUCAAUUGUAUCUCAGGCGAUGUUCCCGAGACAUGACAGAUCCCCAAGAUCCAUACCUAGCUAGUUCGAUUCUCGAAACAGUUGGACGAUAUAAAUCAUGACGGGUUUGUCAGAUGAUUUAAAUGGGUUAUAAGCAUUUUCAGCAUUACUCGUAAGGAAAUGACUCCAAAUUCUAUGUUAGAUAAUUUUGGAUACCAACACAUUUGAAGGUAAAUUCAGCACUUAAGGUUUUCAAGUCAACGUUGCUUGCUGCAGAAUGGGACAUUUGAUUAUCUAGUGUUUGAUUCUUGUAAGGUGAUAAUUAAAUAAGUAUUUCACCGAAUUUGAUAAAAAUACCUUUUAGAAUUUGGAUGGAUCUAUAUGA